AUGGGGGGCCGCGGCGCCCCCCUGUGCACUGCGCAGCCCGGGGUGGCCGAGGGCGGUCGGACUAGGGAGCCGUUGCCGCUGCUGGAGGUACCCCCUCUCAAGAGACUGCCCCCCGGGGGGCCUGACCAGGACCCAUGUGGCGGCCGACCUGCGCCCGAGGGCGCCGGGGCCGGCGCCGAGCAGGGCCACUCAGUCGGUGGAGGCGGUUGGUGCCGCCACUGCCACACGAAGCUCGCCGAGCUCAAGCGACAGGCGUGGAAGCUGGUCAGUGGGCCGGGGACAGCCCUCCGGGACCCACGCCUCUCUGCUCUGCUUCUGGAGACUCUCCCAGGGCCCGGGCCCCUGCUGCCAUGCUGUCCUGAGGCUGAGCGUCACUGUGAUGUCUGUACCACCCAUCUGAACCAGCUGACCCGCGAUGCCCUGCAGCUGCCCCAGGGCCCCGCCCACCAGGAGGAGCCUGACACCCCCCGAGGAGGACCAGCUGGCAUGACCAGCCCUAGGGAUGUGCCGGGUCCGGUGGGCCCGGCUGGGAGGACGGCAGGCCGGGCUGGGCCGGACAGAAGGAAGGCGCCGGCCUGGCCUCCUGGGCCCAGUGUCCAGGUGUCUGUGUCCCCUGCGGGCCCUGGGGGAACACUCAGCACGGUCACCAUCCAGGCCCAGCAAUGCCUAGAAGGCAUGUGGAGCGUGUCUGGGGUGAACAGUUUUCUCCCGCCCACGUGCCUGGCGGAGGCGGCAGUAGCUGCAGUGGCGGUGGCGGAGUCGGUCCGAGACGGCCCCCCGUCCAUGCGUCCCGAUGGCCUGUCCCAGGCAUGGGGCCUUGCUGGGACCUGUACCACAGCCCUGGUCACCCCAGCGCCCACUGUGGUGGGCUCUGCAGGGCCGUCGGCUGCAGCCUCCUUUUUCAUCAGGGCUGCCCAGAAGCUCAGCUUGGCUUCCAAGCGAAAGAAGGCCCCACCACCGCCGCCACCGGCCCCUGCGGCGCGCACUGCCUCUGCCUACCCCACGGACUUCAGCGGCGUCCUGCAGCUGUGGCCGCCCCCCAUACCCCCCUGCUUACUCAGGGUUGCCAAGGCCAAGGACACCCCCUGCAGCACUGGAAAGGUGAGAGUUACGCUGCGCAUCUGGUCCUCGAAGGGCACCCAGCGCUCGGCUGAGUCCAUGUCCUUUCUGAAGGUGGACCCGAGGAAGAAACAGGUGACCCUCUAUGACCCGGCUGCUGGUCCCCCAGGCAGUGCUGGCCCUCGGCGCGCCGCCACUGCCGCAGUGCCCAGGCUGUUUGCCUUUGAUGCCGUCUUUCCCCAGGACUCUGAGCAGGCGGAAGUCUGCUCGGGAACUGUGGCUGAUGUCUUACAAGCUGUGGUCAGUGGGGCCGACGGCUGCAUUUUUUCUUUCGGCCACAGCAGCCUUGGGAAGUCUUACACCAUGAUCGGGAAGGACAGCUCGCCGCAGAGCUUGGGCGUCGUGCCCUGUGCCAUCUCCUGGCUCUUUAGACUCAUCCAUGAACACAAGGAGCGCACGGGCACUCGCUUCUCUGUACGCGUCUCAGCCGUGGAGGUGUGUGGUCGUGACCAGAGCCUUCAUGACCUGCUGGCCGACCUGGCCUCUGGCAGCCUCCAGGAUACUCAGUCCCCAGGCGUGUACCUGAGGGAGGACCCCGUCUGUGGGGCGCAGCUCCAGAACCAGAGUGAGCUUCGGGCGCCAACAGCUGAGAGGGCGGCCUUCUACCUGGACGCGGCCCUAGCUGCUCGCAGCUCCAGCCGGCCCGGCUGCAGCGAGGAUGCCCGGCGCAGCUCCCACCUGCUGUUCACGCUGCAUGUCUACCAGUACUGCAUGCCCAAGUGUGGCCGUGGCGGAAUGUCUGGGGGACGCAGCCGUCUGCAUCUCAUCGACCUGGGCAGCUGUGAGCCACUGGCACCCAGCCGUGGCAUGGAACCUCCUGGGGCACCCCUGUGCCUGUCCCUGUCGGCCCUGGGCAGCGUCAUCCUGGCCCUGGUCAACGGAGCCAAGCAUGUGCCCUACAGGGAGCAAAGACUGACAAUGUUGCUUCGGGAGUCCCUGGCUACCACCAACUGCCACACCACCAUGAUAGUACACAUCUCGGAUGCGCCGGCUCGCCACGCGGAGACGCUCAGCACGGUGCAGCUGGCCGCUCGCAUCCACCGCCUGCGCAGGAAGAAGGCCAAGUAUGCGUCCAGCUCCUCAGGUGGAGAGAGCUCUUGCGAGGAGGGCCGUGUUCGACGACCCCCUGCCCCGCGGCCCUGCCCCCAGCGCACCACGGCCCUGGACUCCGCUCGCCGGACGCCUGGUGACCCCGAGUGCUCAUCUAGCAGUGAUCAGUCAUGUGACACCGUCAUCUAUGUGGGGCCUGGCGGGGCAGCACUGUCGGACCGCGAGCUCACGGACAACGAGGCUCCCCCUGACUUUGUGCCCAUCAUACCUGCGCUGGGUCGACGCCGGCCCUCAGAGGGUCCCCGUGACGCAGACUGUGACCACUUCCGCUGCAGCACCUUCGCCGAGCUGCAGGAACGGCUGGACUUCAUCGACGGCAAUGAGGGGCCCUCGGUGCCCGCAGCCAGCCCUGCCCGUGCAGUCAGGAAGCCCCCCGAAUUGGCCGCGCCCAGGAAGGCCACAGGCACCCUGCUUACAGCCUGUAUGCCUCUCGGCAGCCCCAGUCCAGACCCCCUCGGGAUCACCCCGGAUACCUCGAGGGCAGGCGUCCAGGGAGAGCAGAAAAAGGACAGUGGUCCCUGGCCGGAGCUGUCCAGCCUUGCUUCUCCACUGCCUCCUUGGAGGGAAGAGUCUGGGCCAGGGGACCCAGGCACCACGGUCCGGACACCUCCUGCAGGCUGCCCACGCCUGCCAGCUCGAGGCCGCUGCCUAGACCGUGGCCUGCUGACCACCACAGUGACCUUGCAGCAGCCCGUGGAACUCAAUGGGGAGGACGAGCUGGUGUUCACAGUGGUGGAGGAGCUGCCGCUGGGCAGCCUCGCCCAUCCCCGGCCCGCCAGCCUUUCCAGCUUUGGCAGUAACUGCUCCUUGCAGGCUCUGGCUUCGGGCUCCAGGCCCGUGAGCAUCAUCAGCAGUAUUAAUGACGAGUUUGAUGCGUACACCUCGCAGGCCGCCGACGGCCCUGGGGGGCACCUGGACACCUCACAGGCCGCCGAUGGCCCUGGGAGACACCCCGAUGAGGUUUGGGUUGGCAGCGACAGCAGCCACGGCUCCUCCAUCAGCUCCUGGCUCAGUGAGGUCAGCGUCUGUGUGGCCGACAGCCCUGUGCUGCAGCCCUCCUUCCGGGCCAGCCCUGACUCGAUGGCGGGGUCUGGCUUGAGGGGACCUUCCAGCCAAGAGGGCUCCCCAGAGCAGGGCAGAUCAGACAGUCCAGUCCAGGUCCCUGGAGGGGGCGAGUUGGUCCCUGAGGCCUCCAGGGAGCUGUGUGGACCACCCCCAGCGCAGACCAUCCAUUCUAGCCUUCCCCGGAAACUCAGAACUACCUCUGCCACCCGAGAGGGCGGCCCGUGCCUGGGCCAGAGCUCCCCAGAGCCUGAGGGUCUGUCCCAGGACCCAUGGCUGCUCCGUGCGGAUGAGGCUGAUGUGAUACCAGUGGCCCUCACCCUUGCCCAGGGACCCUCCUGGCCGCCUGAGGCCCAAGCGUUGCCGGCCUGUGCCCAGAGGGUGGUGGACGGGUGUGAGAUGGCCAGCAGGCCAGUCCGGCGUCCUGAGGCACGCAUCCCGCCACUGCGGAGGGGUGCCACUACACUGGGUGUGACCACGCCUGUGGCAUCCUGCGGGGACACGCUGGCCGCCUCACCCGGCAGCCUGAGGGCGGCCUCCAGCAAGAAGGGCACCUCUCCCAAGGGUGGCCCCCUCCCUCGGCCUGGUGGAAUGGUGCCCCCCACCCCUCCUGUGCGCAAGUCCAGCCUGGAGCCCAAGAGCAGCCCACCCCUGGCCCCUGCCCUGGCUGUGGGCCUAUCCCGUGCUGCCGCGGCUGCUGCCUUCCGAGGGGAAGAGGAGGCCAGGCCCCCUCCCAGGACCACGUCCAGCUUGAAGGUUCGGACUGGCAAGGCUGAGGCUGUGCACCGUCCCCCAGGGCCAGUUUUGCUCGAACGGCCAGAGGGACUGUCGCAGGUCAGCAGCAGGGUCAGAGAGGCUUCUGGACGGCCAGGCCGGGCUGUGCCCAGACUGGGGACACCGUCUGCCAGCCCCAUGCCGGGGCCUUGCAGGGGCAGUCCUGCAAAGGGUCUAGGGACCCCAAAGCCCCCGGUUGCAGGGGGCAAGGGCCGCAGCCUGGUAGCUGGUGGGGCCAGAGCUCUAAGCACCUCAGUGAGGACCCCCAGUGGCCCUGCGGUGAGCCCCAGGGCUGCUUCGAGGGUGGCACCGAAUGUGGGGGCCAAGGCCGGCCGGGGCACCGUCAUGGGCACCAAGCAGGCGCUGCGGGCUGCCCACAGCCGUGUCCAUGAGCUGGCGGCUGGCGGUGUCCCGGUCCACAGCAGCCCCUCAUGGGGUGUGGCGGACUCUGAUAGCGGCAAUGACAGCGGCGUGCAGGUUGGGGAGGAGCGUCCACCUGCGGGUCCAGCCCUGCCCUCACCCUACAGCAAGGUGACGGCCCCCAGGCGGCCCCAGCGCUACAGUAGCGGGCAUGGCAGUGACAACAGCAGUGUGCUGAGUGGGGAGCUCCCACCUGCCAUGGGCCGCACGGCCCUCUUCUACCACAGCGGGGGUAGCAGUGGCUACGAGAGCGUGAUGCGCGACAGCGAAGCCCCCGACUCCAUGAGUGAAAGCGGAGCUGCGUCCCCGGGUGCCCGCUCCCGGAGCCUCAGGUCUCCCAAGAAGAGGAGCACAGGUCUGCAGCGGCGAAGGCUGAUCCCAGCCCCGCUGCCCGACGCCACCGCCCUGGGCCGCAAACCCAGCCUUCCCGGGCAGUGGGUGGACCUGCCGCCCCCCCUGGCCGGCGCCUUGAAGGAGCCCUUUGAGAUCAAGGUGUACGAGAUUGACGAUGUACAGAGGUUGCAGCGCCACCGGGCAGCCUGUCGGGAGGAUUCCCCCGAGGGCCUGGCGAGCGCAGGCGUCCGGCUGCGGCUGGCGGAGCGCAGACUGCAGCGUCUUCGUGAGGUGCAGGCUCGGAGGGAUCGUCUGUGUGAGGAAUUGGCGGAGACCCAGGGCCGGCUGAUGGUGGAGCCGGGCCGCUGGCUGGAUCAAUUUGAGGUGGACCCGCAGUUGGAGCCUGAAUCGGUUGAGUACCUGAAGGCCUUGGAGCAGGCCACGGCGGCCCUGGAGCAAUGUGUCAACCUGUGCAAGGCGCACGUCAUGAUGGUCACCUGCUUCGAUGUCUCAGCCUCCGCCUCUGCCCCUGGGCUGCAGGAGGUGGACGUCUGA